GUUAUCGGUCUGGGAGUUGGUUUGAGAAACACUCUACAUUUUCUCUCUCUCGGUCGUGGGUCAUUUUCAGUUCGAUCUCUCUUCCUCCGCCACUCAUUGUCGUUGCUUGUUCCCCUGACUACAAGGUGUAUGUACCCUAAUCUCUGGUGUCAUCGAUUUUCUUGGACACCCUUUCGUACAACCUCCCCCGGUCCGUUUGGUCUAUGAGUGCGGAUAUGGCUGAAGGAACUCUCGCAUCGGCAGUAGCUCUGCCCGAUCCAGAAGACCACCAGCCCAGACUCCCUUCCCCAGAUCACACAACGACAAAUGCGGGCCUCAAACGACGACAGUCCUCCUCCGCUACAGAGGCGGGCGACGAUGUAACAGCCACCGGCACAGAAACAGACAGCAAACGCCGUCGAUUGAGUACCUCCGCCUCCGCCUCCGCCACCCAGCCACAAGACCAAGAACAACAACAAGAACAGGCCGCAGAAACAAACGACGACCACCACCCGCCUGUCGUCCCAUCGGAACCCACAGCAGACCAAGACCAGAGAUCUCCAGAGGAAUCGAAGCGCGCACCACCACCACCGCGCCGACCGGCCGCCGGACGCAAGGACGAGGAGCGCAAACGCGGCCAGCGGCUGUUCGGCGCGCUGCUGGGCACGCUCUCCCAAAGCUCCUCGAACACGGCGGCUCAGCGACGGCGGGCGGAUAUCGAGAAGCGGCAGCAGGAUAAGCUCAAGUUACAGGAUGAGGAAUAUGGGGAGUUGAAGAAGAAGCGGCGCGAGGAGAGGAUGGAGAGACGGAAGAAGUAUCAGAGGGCUUAUGAGGAGGAAGCGAUGCGGACUCGGCAUGAGAAUAUUUUGGCUACAGCGAGGUAUCUUAAGACGAAGGCGGAGCCUGUUUUGUACUACAAACCAUGGCAGUUGCGGUCCGAUGAUGAAGAUGCUAUAGAUGAACAGAUUCACGAGGCGGAAGCAACUGUCGCCCGAGAGAGGGCUGAGUUUGAGGCACGCUAUGCAGCUCAGAACCAGGACACCAACGCCGAGGACGAGCAGAAGCCGGAAACCACACAGGAUGAUGCUCAGGGACCGGCGUCGGUGCCAGAACCAGAAGCGCACGAGUCCAAGAUCGCAUCUGAGGAGAAUGCUGUACGCGCAGAAAACUCAGGCUCGAAAUCCGAAGGAGAGGCAGAACAGGCCCCACAAGACACCACACCCGCAAAUGAUAGCGUCGUGUCUGUGGCUGACGGCCACGAUGAUCUGCAUCGCGCACACGACGAUGACGGCGGAGAGGUGGUCGAGGACCAGGAGGACACUGUAAUCUACUGAAGAACCAACUGAAGCUAUGGGCGAAUCGAUCCUAUCUAACUUUUCUCUAUAAUGGUCAUAUUCUGGGAAUUCCGCAGCGUUCUGUAC